GGCCGGGUAAUUGUUUGAAAAUGAGAGAGCAUUCGUUUCAAAGCGCGUUAAGCGAUCGGAGGUAGACGCGGAAAACGCUGUUCCAAAGUAUUUAUAAUGGACAGCAGCAAGAAACCGGAACGAAAAAAUCCAUGUCAGCAAGCGAAUUUGUUGUCCUAUUUCAUAUUUGCCUGGGCUGUGCCCUUUCUAUAUCAUGGAUCGCGCAAGGGAUUGACAACAGAUGACAUAACAGAAUGCCUGAAAGCAGAUCAGUCGGAGCAGCUCGGCAAUCGUCUGGAAAAGGAAUGGCAAAAGGAGCUGGAGAGGGCUCGGAAAAAGUCUCGUAAGCCUCAUCUACGGCGUGCGCUGCUCAGUUGCUUCUGGAGCCCCUUUAUCAUCAAUGGGGCUUUAUGCUUUAUAUAUAUUGCCCUCAAAAUGCUAAUAGCCGCUAUUUUGGCUCAGCUGUUGCUGCAGUUGCGACAUGUGGAUUCAGUGGCCGGCACAGCCAAUUCAUCUAUAAUCCUUGCAGGCAACUCCUCCGACUCAGUCACAAAUAGCAGCACUUGGAAUGAGGUGGCCAAGUCAGCGAUAUAUGUUUGGAAUGAUGCAUACUAUCUGGGUGGAAUGUUGGUGGGCAUCAACUUUGUGGCAUGCUUUCUGUGGCACCAUCUGUAUCUGCGUCAACGCAUGAUGGGAGCUCGUAUGAGGAUCGCCUGCUGCUCGUUGGUCUAUCGGAAGACCCUUCGGCUGUCCAUGAAAUCGGUGGGAUCCACUCCGCCUGGACAUCUGAUAAAUCUCAUUUCUAACGAUGUCAGUCGACUCGAUUAUGCAUUGGUGUUUACGCAUUACAUCUGGAUAUUGCCCAUCCAUUCGGUGAUCACCUGCUACAUCAUAUGGCAGCAGAUUGGAAUCCCAGCUCUGGUGGGAGUCCUGGGACUCCUGCUGAAAACGGUGCCCGUUCAGACAGCUUUAAGCAAACUGACCUCAGUGCUCCGUCGAAAGAUUGCGGAACGCACAGAUGUUCGAGUUGGAAUCAUGAAUGAACUGAUGCAGGGCAUCCAGGUCAUCAAGAUGUACGCGUGGGAGAACUCUUUCGAGACUGUUGUGGCCGAUGCCAGGCACAGUGAGAUCCAACAGCUUCGAUAUGCCAACUACUUGUAUGGAUUCCAGCGCACUACCAGAUUCUUUAUCCAGCGCACCACAUUGUUCAUCACUCUGGCGGCAGCCGCUCUCCUUGGACAGAGCAUCACUGCCGACUUCGUCUUUUCCGUCGUCAUAUACUACAAUAUCCUGCAGCUUGUGGCAGCUGUUUAUUAUCCCCUCGCCGUCAACUUGGCUGCCGAGGCAUUGGUCUCGCUCCGACGCGUUCAGACUUUUCUCCUGCAAGAGGAUCGUGCCAAGAAGGUGGAUAGCCUAAAGCAAGGAAAGCAGCAGGACGCUGAGGAUCAAAGAGCCAUUAUCCUGAAGGACAUCACGGCCAGUUGGGAGAAGGAGAAACCUCAACACACAUUGCAGCAUUUGAAUCUGAAGAUUCUGAAGGGACAGCUGUGCGCCAUCAUUGGUCCAGUUGGAUCCGGCAAGAGUUCAUUCCUGCAGUUGCUGCUGGGUGAACUUCCAAUUGUUGAUGGCAGAGUUAUCAUGCAGGACGAGCUCUCCUAUGCAGCGCAGGAACCUUGGCUCUUCACUGGCACCGUCAGGAAUAACAUUCUCUUUGGCGAACUGUACGAUCACCAGCGAUACCAAGACGUAACCAGAGCCUGCGCUCUCGCCACGGACUUUCAACAGAUGAGCAAUGGUGACAACACUAUUCUAGGUGAUCGAGGAGCAUCCCUCUCCGGAGGUCAACGUGCUCGUAUCAGCCUGGCUCGGGCUGUCUACAAACCUGCAUCCAUUUACCUGCUGGACGAUCCUCUAAGCGCGGUAGAUGCUCAUGUCGGUCGACAUCUCUUUGACGAGGUCAUUGGACCACGGGGACGUCUGGCAAAGCAGAAGGCAACCCGAGUUCUGGUCACACAUCAAGUGCACUUUCUUUCUGAAGCCGACUGGAUUGUGAUUGUGGAUCAUGGUCGAAUCUUGAUGCAGGGCACGUACCAAGAUAUCAUCAAUAGCGAUCUGGAUUUUGCCAAGUUGUUGGAUUGUCCCACUGAAGUGACAACUGUGCAAGGUGAUAAACAAUUGAAGCCGCAGGCUCCGCUUUGUGAGCCUGAAGAUCUCGACGAUGAGGUAGAUAUUGAUAUAGAGUCCGAAGGUUUGCAGCCCUUGAGAAAGCAGAGCAGCGUUGCUCAGGGCAACAAAGCGCAGAUCCCCGAUCAGCCGAAGGUUGUCCAAAAGGAUAACAGUUUGGCAGAGACUCAGGCAACGGGAGGCAUCUCCUCUCGAGUGUGGUACGAAUACUUCAGUGCGGGCAGCACCCUGCUCAGCUUCAGCUUCAUGGUGUGCAUCAUGCUGCUGUCCCAGGUGGUGUGCAGCAGUUCGGACUACUUUGCGAACUUUUGGACACAGCAGGAGCACCUGAGAUUUCAGGGAGAGCCCACCAGGUUCAGCACCUAUGAGUGCAUGUACAUUUUUGGUGGUCUCAUCGUUGGAGUUGUGAUCAUGACAACCUUCCGAGGAUUUCUCUUCCUUAAGACAUGCAUGAAUGCCUCGAAAGUGUUGCACGAUCGAAUGUUCAAUUGUAUUUUGCACGCGAGCAUGAGAUUCUUCCACAACAACAACUCUGGACGGAUUCUGAAUCGAUUCUCUAAGGAUAUUGGCACCAUGGAUGAAUGGUUGCCCAGAAACAUGCUGGAGUUUGUUCAACAUGGUCUGGUCAUAGCUGGCAUAUUGGCUGUCAUUUUGGUGGUUAAUCCCGUGCUCUUUCCCGCCGUGGUUAUUGUGGCUAUCAUCGAUUUGCUUGUACUAAAACUGUACAUGCGGCCCUCGCAGGAUCUGAAACGCAUGGAGGGAAUUUGCCGCAGUCCGGUCUAUUCGCACCUGACCUCCACCUUGACCGGGAUAUCGAUCAUUCGCUCACGUCAGAUGCAGAAAGUGGCUGCCAAGGAGUUCGAUCUUCUCCAGGAUGUGCAUAGCAGUGUCUGGCAGCUGGCGGAAGCCACAAACACGGCUCUUGGUCUCUGGGUGGAUGCCAUUAACUGUCUCUUCCUCACGGCAGUCACAUUCAGCUUCAUCGUCUCCAGCGAGGUUACUUACAGCGGCAAUGUUGGCCUGGCCAUCUCUCAAGCCAUCCUGCUCACCGGCAUGGUGCAAUAUUGCGUCCGUCAGGUGGCCGAGUCCCUGCAGCAAAUGACAAGCGUAGAACGUGUCCUGGAGUACACGGAACUGGAGCAAGAGUCCGAUGUCUGUGACAGCCCAGAACUCCCGCAAAAUUGGCCACCAAACGGAAAGCUGGAAUUCCGUGACAUGAGCUUGCGCUACGAUCCCAAUGGAUCAGCCGUCCUCAAGCAUCUCAGCUUGACCAUUGAGCCAGGCUGGAAGGUGGGCAUUGUGGGUCGCACAGGAGCCGGCAAAUCCUCUCUGAUUGGAGCACUCUUUCGCCUGGCAUACAUUGAGGGAGGCAUCUACAUUGAUGGCAUCGAGACGGGCAGCAUUUCACUGGAAACUCUGCGCACUCGCAUCUCCAUCAUUCCACAGGAUCCUGUGCUCUUCUCGGCCACCAUUAGAUACAACCUUGAUCCCUUCGAGCGCUACAGCGAUGCGGAAUUGUGGCGAUCUCUCGAGGAUGUCGAGCUACGAUCGGCCAUUCCUGGUCUGGACUUUAUGGUAACAGAGCGAGGCAGCAACUUCAGUGUGGGACAGCGACAGCUCCUCUGUCUGGCACGUGCAAUCCUUCGCAACAACAAGGUCCUGGUUCUUGACGAAGCCACAGCCAAUGUGGAUCUACUCACUGAUUUCCUGAUUCAGCGCACAAUUCGGGAAAAGUUCCAUCAUUGCACAGUGGUCACUGUAGCUCAUAGAUUGCAUACCGUUAUGGAUUCAGAUCGCAUCAUUGUCAUGGAUGCCGGUAAUGCAGUGGAAUUCGAUAUACCCCAUUUGUUGCUAAGGCAUGCCCAGGGAACACUACGACAGAUGGUAGAGGCGACAGGAGGAGAGUCGGAUGCACUCAAGAAGGUGGCCAGUGACUCGUUUGUGCGGAUGCAACAGCCUCGGGAACACCAAAAGACAGAUGAGAAGCAGUUGCUAAGGUUGCUGGAACGCAGCACAGGGAUUCUCAUAGAGAAACGUUCUCGAUCGUCACAAUCUUAAUUUCAAGAAGAUAAUAUUAUACUUUUUUUUGAACUUUUUUUUUUAUUUUUUUUUUUAAAUUUUUUUGAACUUUUUUUUUGUUUUUUUUCCUAGGUGUGGUAAUGUACUUUUAAUAAACUAAUCUAAUAACUAAUGAUAGUUUUACAGUUUCUAAAUAAGACUAAUUGGAAGUGAGGACUAAUUGAGAAAGCGUUUGAUAGCCUCGUUCUACAACAUAAAAUAUAACCUUUUUUCUUUAGUUUUACACGUUUUUAAAAAUUUGUGCUUGUUGGGAGUUUGUAAUACAUUCUGAACAAUGGAAACACAUGA